AAAAUUUGUGAAGUACGCACCAUACGGAAAGAGGUGGUGCUCACUCGUACCCACCAAAAGUUGAAUCCUCCCGCCAAUUUGCCAAAGGCCUCUGCUCCCUCCAUUCCCCCACUACCGGCUACUCCCGGUAACCUCACCGUCCCUUUCCCCAUAUAUAAACCUCAGCAGCCACGCCGAAGCCACCGCGUUUCAUUCAUCGUUUGCAUUCCAACCAUUUCUAGGGUUUCAUUCGAAUCAUUUCUAGGGUUUGGAUUCCUUCGUUUUGAACCUGGUUCGGGAAGAUGAGUGCUGUCAACAUCACUAACGUAACCGUUUUGGAUAAUCCGGCGGCUUUUCUGAACCCUUUUCAAUUUGAAAUCUCUUACGAGUGCUUGAUUCCCCUCAAAGAUGAUUUGGAAUGGAAGCUCAUUUAUGUGGGAUCUGCUGAGGAUGAGACUUAUGACCAACUCUUGGAGAGUGUGCUUGUUGGGCCUGUCAAUGUUGGCAACUAUCGCUUUGUGUUUCAAGCAGACCCUCCAGACCCGUCAAAAAUUCGUGAAGAGGAUAUUAUUGGUGUCACAGUACUGCUAUUAACAUGUUCUUAUCUGGGUCAGGAAUUUAUCCGAGUGGGAUAUUAUGUCAACAAUGAUUAUGACGAUGAACAGCUAAGAGAAGAGCCUCCCCAAAAGGUGUUGAUUGAUAGGGUUCAAAGAAAUAUUUUGGCUGACAAGCCCAGAGUAACGAAAUUUCCUAUCAACUUUCAUCCUGAGAACAAUGAGCAUGGGGAACAGCCCCCUCCUUCACCUGAAAUCAAUGAGAAUGGAGAACAACCACCACCCUCACACCAUGACCCUUCUGACUGACAUGCUAUAUACCUAAUCCCAGAAAAGUUGAAACUAUCAGUAAGAAAUCUUCCGUUUCUUAUUUUGAAUUACAACACGGUGAUCAAUGUUUGAUCGAAAUCAGUUUGCCAAGAAUUUCAGUUUGGCCCAACAUAGCUACUGUAAAGUGUUGAUUUAAUUGCGUUGUAUUGUAUCAUGUGAAGAGUUUCGGCCGUAGGAAUUUUGGAUGGGUAACAAUUUGUCUUUUAUCUUGAAAUUUGAUAGGGAGAUAGAGACCGGCCUUUUCUUACACUUGUACUGGUGUUUGUCUUUAUCAUAUGGCUAAUCUUGAAUGUAGUCUUUCAUUA